CAUUGUUUCUCGUCUGUCAGGAAAUGCAGGAUUCAGUUCAAGAUUACUCUGAUUACUUUCAGAGCUCUGCCUGCCUUACGGGUAUACAGCACCUUUAUGGUUAGCACCUGUCUGAGCUCCUCUGAUCAGGAUCUGUUCUGCUCUCCAUCCUUUAAACUCAAGAAGACUCUGCUGGAGCAUUUAAGUUAUAUAAAUGGACGUUUAUUCCACUUUAAGUCAGUGACUCCUGACUCUCCUAAAUCUCCACUAAAUGUAUGUUUCUCAGGCAUGCGACCGUCUAUCUCUGCGAGUCUUGAGCCUGGGUUGGAGCGAGGGGUCCCCUGGGGUCGUGACCUGUACACCUUUGUAACUUCAGCAGCAGGUCACAUGAUGAGGACCCUGCAGAAACCCAAGAAGAACCGACCAUCCAAGCGGCAGGUCAACCACCGUCGCUUCCUGCACAACAUGAUUCAGAGAAAAUUUGCAGAUAUUGAAGCAGCAAACCAGCGGUUGGCAUAUGCUCUUUAUUUUAAGGAUGAGGACAAAGGCAUGUCCUCUCUGUCAUCACACAAGCCAGAUUCACCUGACCAGUCAGGUAAUCCAUCUCAAAGUGGUGGUCCACAGGAUGCCGAUAAAAACAGCCUUCAAACAGGUGUAGAUGGUGCCUCAAAGUCUAUCAGUGUUUCCUCAAAUCAAGUAAAUACAAAAAGGAAGCAGGCUGAAUCAGGGCAUCUUUGGAAACAUCACUCCAUAUCGCAGUCCUCCACCUGCAGAGCUACAGCGAACAAACACAGCAAGAGGAGGCAGGAAAAGGGAAGCAGAGGUCAUAAACCGGUGGAAAUUAAACCUAUUAGCUCCCCAAGAAGUUCUGACUUGUUCCACGGGGCGGAGCUAUUUUAUUUUAACAACGAGAGUCAGUCGAAGCCAGCCGACAACCACCAAGAAGACACAGAGUCAACUACAAAUGACUUCAUUCAGCUUGGCCAAAAUGUGGACAUCUCCCCCUCCUUCUCCCCAGAGUUAUCUCCAUUGUCUCUUGACUCUUGUGAUUUCUCCGUUCAAGUGUUCACAGACCUCGCAGGCUGCGCGCAGGCUCAGAAGAGCUACUUCGACUUCUCUGAGGGUCAGCUGACUGACAUAAUGGAGCCAUUUUCCAUUGACAAUAAGGACUUAGGGGACUGCGCUGACAUAGAGGCAUAUUUUGAAAGCAUUUGUGCAUGCCAUGGUGAUGAUGAUGAUAUAUUUGGAGACCAGUCACAUAACUUUACCGAAGUGGAUGAUCUCCACUGUGAAGGUGAGUGUAGGUAUGAAUAUGCAUAUGCAGACCAGGGAGUGACCUCAGACCACUUCCAGGGUAACCACAGGAGCUCAGUGACCCUGAGACAAAGUGCAUACACAGAAGAGGAACAAUUUAACACCUUUAAACUCUGUCAAAGCACAGACAUCAACCAGAAGCAGAUCCCCUCCUCAGUCAGCUACCACCACUACAACAUCGCACAGCUUCAGGCGUACCAGUGUUCUCAGGAGGAGAGCACCUGUAUGCAAGUUAACUGUGAAAAUAACCUACAGUUUACACCAUUUGAAGGAGUUGCUCAGUCCUUCACUGUUCCACUUAACAACGCUGAGCUCCGCCCCAUACCAACACCACCUCAGGAAGACAACUGGCUGUUUACUGAUAUCCUGAAGGACAGAAAGUCACCUAGUUACUAGGAACACAUGCCUCAUGUUCUUAAAGAGAAUCAGACUCAACUGGUCUCAUACUUGAGAAGACAAAUUCUCAAUGACUUCUUGUUUUUACUUUUGUUUAAAGACAUUACAAAUUUUUGGGGAACAUAUUUAAAAUGCUGUCCUUUUUGUUUUUUGAUGUUUUGCCUUUACAGAACAAUUGCCAGCUAACUACAAAUACAGAAGUUCUGGGAAUUAUGCAAUCAAGCCAAACAGGUUCAGAGUAAAACUAAAGAAAUUCACUCCGUGAAUGUACAGUCAAUGGCCACUUUAUCAGGUAUAGGGUUGGAUCACUUUUACCUUCAGAUCUCAUUCAUCAUGACAUGGAAACCUAAUCUGAUGGAUUGCAUAACAGCGGACAAACUCCAAUCAAAGCUGGUCUGAUAUAAAUCUGAGAAUUUAUUUAUAUUAUUAUGUAUGUAAAUUUAUCCUUAAAAACUGGGAAUUAUGAGGAAUGAAGAAACAGUAUUUGUGACAGCUAGAGUAAAAAACUAAUAUAGAGCUGUGUACUUCAAUUCUUCUGUCAAUUACUCUGUUAAGAAA